AUGUUCACCGAAGCUAAGAACGCAGCCAAAAACGCGGUGAAACGCGCGGUCGGUCAUCCCAAAGAGCCCGUCCCCGUGGUCACCGUCGAGCACUGGAUCCGGCGUCUGUCCCCCGACCCGAAACGAGACGCCAUCGACUACCUGACGAGCCUCUUCCCCAUAUUCGGAUGGAUCACCAGAUACAACCUCGGUUGGCUCACGGGAGAUCUCAUCGCUGGUCUCACCGUCGGUAUUGUCGCCGUGCCCCAGAGCAUGUCCUAUGCUAAACUGGCGUCACUCCCUGCCGAAUACGGACUCUAUUCCAGCUUUGUCGGCACGCUGGUCUAUUCGCUCUUCGCGACAUCCAAGGAUGUGUCGAUUGGUCCCGUCGCCGUCAUGUCACAGACGGUCGCGCAAAUUAUUGCCUACGUCGACAAGCACCACCCGGGCGCCUGGGCUAACACGCAAAUCGCAACGACUGUUGCCUUCAUUUGCGGCUUCAUCGCGCUCGGCCUCGGGAUCCUUCGCCUCGGUUGGAUCGUCGAGUUCAUUCCCGCGCCUGCUGUUAGUGGAUACAUGACUGGCUCCGCCAUCAACAUCGUCUCCGGCCAAGUUCCUGGCCUGCUCGGCUUGUCAAGUGUAAACACCCGUACAGCCCCAUACAAGGUCAUCAUCGACACGCUGAAGGCUUUACCACAAACCAAGCUCGAUGCCGCCUUCGGAAUCACCGGUUUAGUGUGCUUGUAUAUGAUUCGCUUUGCGUGCACCUACUCCACGAAGCGCUACCCUAGGAGACAACGACUAUUCUUCUUCAUCUCGGUCUUCAGGAACGCAUUCGUGAUCAUCAUCUUGACCAUCGCAUCCUGGUUGUACUGCCGGCAUCGGGCGACGAAGUCUGGCUCAUACCCAAUCAAGGUUCUGGGUACUGUUCCUCGGGGCUUCCAGCAUCUUGGCCCCCCGAAGAUUGACAGGGAUCUGGUCUCCGCAUUGGCCAGCGAGCUUCCUGUCGCGACGAUCAUUCUGGUGCUUGAGCACAUCGCUAUCUCGAGAUCCUUUGGUCGCGUUAACGGUUACAAGAUCGACCCGAACCAGGAACUCAUCGCCAUCGGUGUGACGAACACCGUCGGUACGCUGUUUGGCGCCUACCCUGCCACCGGAUCGUUCUCGCGCUCGGCCUUGUCUUCCAAGUCGGGAGUGCGCACCCCGGCAGCGGGUAUCAUCAAAUCCGUGAUCGUCCUUGUCGCGCUCUAUGGUCUGACUCCCGCCUUCUACUGGAUCCCGAACGCUGGUCUUUCCGCGAUCAUCAUCCACGCCGUCGCGGAUCUCGUCGCGACCCCACGUCAAGUCUACUCGUUCUGGCGUGUGUCACCUCUCGAGUUCAUCAUCUGGGCAGCGGCAGUCCUUACCACCGUCUUCUCCACCAUCGAAGACGGUAUCUACACCGCCAUCGCGGCCUCCCUCGCCCUGCUCCUCAUACGUCUUGCCCGGCCUCGCGGCUACUUCAUGGGCAAGGUGCAGCUCCGCAGCAGCGAGAAGCCCAACGCAGAGUCGCGCGACAUCUACGUGCCCCUCAACCCGAAGCCGUCGCUCUGGAAGUCCGGUGUGAGGGUUACCCCUCCCACGCCAGGCGUCAUUGUGUACCGCUUCGAGGAGAGUGUGCUCUACCCGAACUCGGCGUUGCUCAACACUGCGAUCGUGGACUAUGUGAAGGAAAAAAUGCGCCGCGGGAGGGAUAUCAGCGCGAUCAAGCUCAGUGACAGACCGUGGAACGAUCCUGGCCCUCGACCCGGUCACGAUGAGAACGCUGAGAACAUACAGAAGCCCACAUUGCACGCGAUCGUCUUCGAUUUCUCCGGAGUCUCGCAGAUUGACACCACCGCGAUACAAGCUCUGAUUGAUACGAGAACAGAAGUGGAGAGAUGGGCAGACCGUACUAUCGAGUUCCACUUCGCGACUAUCCUCUCUCCAUGGGUCCGCCGCGCACUCAUCGCCGGGGGCUUUGGCACUGGCGUCCCCAUCUCGAACAUCCCUCGAGAGAUCGCUGCUGUCGUUCCCUACCGCGGCGGUCAAGAGGCUGUCCACCGAGUGGACAAACCCCAGGCGGAAGACGAAGAGUCGAAGCUUCCCAACGUCGUCGAAGAGGAGCGGCACUUCGAGGAGGAGACAUCGCCACUGGACCUCGAGGACACGCCCUACUUCCACUUCGACCUCGUCGGCGCCGUCCGUGCCGCUGAGGCAGGCUUGCAGACGCAGCCCGCGGACACGUCUCGCUCGAGUACG